AUGCCCAAUCAGGAGGAGCUCAGCAGCCUUCUCGGUGAGCUCUCGAUAGAUGACGAUCAAAACGAAUUACACACCUUCGAGCUCCCUGGAGACAACGAUGACUUCGACCGAAGAUUCUCAAGAAUUUCAAGACUUACGGUCCGGCCAUCCUCGCAGAUGAGAUCCAUCAUCCAAUGUACGAAGAGAUGA